AAAUGGAAAAAUCCGUUUGGACAUAAUUUGAUCACAAUAGAAAAAAAUUAGGUUCACACUAUAAACUAGGUAAUCUUUUAACAUUUUUACCUUGAGUGGGAAUUUAUUUGAGAAAAGACUCACAAGGCUAUGUAAGUCUUUUCACAAUUGUGACCAAUUUUAGGUAAAAAAAAUUAUGGCCAUUUAACAUUUUUCAAAAUAAAUUUCUUUCCUACCAAACACACCCUUAAAUCUCAAUGACCUUUUGGUUUCCUUAGGCCCGUAGUAUUCCGUGGAACCAAGAAAAGAUUAUUAGUAAAAUAAAACUCAAAAAUAGAACCCAAUAAAUAUAUAUACACCAAAGUACAGAAAUAAUGCGAUAUACAUGGCAACCAAAUAGACCCCCUUAUGCAUAAGGAGUCUCUUCCUCUUGUUCUCUUUUCACAUAAAAAAAUCGCUCCAAUCUCUUCAAAUUCCUCUCGUUAAAUUCUAGGGUUAGGGUUUGGGUUUUAAUUCUUCGCUAAUUUAUAUCGUAAUCCUAUCAAUACUGUUAAGCGGCUUAACCCAUGGAGUCUUCUAUUGUGAUCAAGGUCAAGUAUGGAGAGACACUUAGACGAUUCAAUGCCCGUGUUGCUGAUGAUAAACUUGGUCUUAACAUAGAUGGAUUAAAAGACAAGAUCUUUCAGCUUUUCAACUUUCCUCCUGACAGUGAACUUACACUGACAUACAUUGAUGAGGAUGGUGAUGUUGUAACACUUGUUGAUGAUGAAGAUCUGCUGGAUAUUACGAGGCAGGACCUGGAUCCCCUGCGAAUAUCUGUGAGAUUGAACACUGAAAAACUUAGUAGGUCUCCACGUACAUCUAGUGGAAAGUCUACUUCCUUCAGAUCCCCACUGAUCCAGCCUACAUUUCCGAACAUAAAGUCUAGUGUGUCGGAUCUUCUCAAGUUUUUGCCAGAGUCAAAAAGCAGUAAAAUCUUAAAGCACUCUGCAGACAUGGCGUCUAAAGCCUCAUCAGCUGCUGCCCGAGAAAUUGCUGAGCUUUCCAAAGCUCUCUCGGUGACCGGCUUAUCAUUCUUAAAGCAGGCUUGUCCAGUAUCUGGAGUCAGUACGGGUAACGUUAGAAGUGGAGAGUCACCUCAAGCUGAGAAUGCGGAGGAGCUGACCUUUAAAACUGCAGGAGAACCCAAAAAUCAUACUGGAUCAGAUUCCUCAAAAUUGAAGUCCUCCCAACCAUAUCAAAAUGGUAUUCAGUGUGAAUCAUUAUCCAGAAGUCCUAAGCCUCAGUCAUAUCUGGUAGGCGGUAAGAAGGAAGAGGGUAAUAAAUUUGGUGAUUGCCAUCUUGUUGGGAAGGCUCUUGGUUUUUCAUAUUCCAGUGCCUCAACCGCUGGCGCAGAGAAGAGAGCUAAUAAACAAUCAAGUGAGAAUCACCCAGGUGCUGAGCCUGUUAGUGCGGUUGGUUUAUCUGGGAUGCUUUCUAAUGAGUUUAGAUCUCCAAGUUCAUAUUCCAUUACUGGGGUGCCUGUGUUUAAAAACACUAUCCAACCUCGAUACUCCCCUUUCCAGAUCCCAGGUAAAACGAAUCAUAAUCACAGUGAUAGGUCAGCCUCUAUUUUCCAUAGAGGUGUUCGCUGUGAUGGUUGUGGAAUUCAUCCAAUAACUGGCAUUAGGUUCAAAUCUAAAGUAAAGGAGGACUAUGAUCUCUGCAGCAUAUGCUUUGCGCAAAUGGGCAAUGAUGUUGAUUACAUCAGAAUGGAUCGGCCUUUUACUUACCAUCAUCCUGUAGCUUUCGAGCGUGACAUCCAUCGAGGCAGUGGGGUGAGAUCGUCUAAGCUGGACAGCCUCUUCACACAGGAUGUCAAUGUACUUGAUGGUACUAUCAUGGCUCCAUUGACUCCAUUUACCAAGGUCUGGAGAAUGAGGAACAAUGGUAAUAUUGUCUGGCCCCAAGGAACACGUCUUGUUUGGAUUGGGGGAGAUAGAUUAAGUGAUGCUUUCUCUGUUGAAUUACAGAUCACUUCGGGUGGCUUGGCUGUUGACCAUGAUCUUGAUGUGGCAGUUGAUUUUACUGCUCCUGAGCUUCCCGGUAGGUACAUCUCUUACUGGAGGAUGGCCUUGCCUUCAGGUGAGAAGUUUGGGCAGCGUGUGUGGGUGCUUAUCCAGGUUGAUCUUUCAAAGAACCCGCCGAAAAAGGAGUUCCCUCAGGACCUGGACUUGAAUUUUCCUCCGGCCUGCAAUGAUAUACCUGGUUGUGAGAUUAUUAAUCUGGUUGCUGAAAGGACAAAAGAGGAUAUUGUUCCUGUCCCUAAAAUUGCAAACCCUACCAUGGAAUUUUUUGAGCCGGUUGCCGAUGGAAACAGAAUCAAGGAGCUGGAGUCAAUGGCGUGCAUUUCUCCUUCUGCAGCUGGUUCAUCUGUUUCACAUCCCAUUGAUUUAUCUGAGGCAGCACCAGCAGUUACUUCUGUUGCAGAGCUGCAGGCAUCUUCACCGGAUGUCGGAGAAAAUAAUGAUAUCGAGACGAGCCUUCUCAAGGAACUGGAGGAAAUGGGUUUCAAACAGGUAAACUUAAACAAAGAGGUCUUGAGAAUGAAUGAGUAUGACUUGGAACAAGCAGUAGGUGAUCUUUGUGGUGUUUCUGCGUGGGAUCCUAUCCUUGGAGAGCUGGAGGAGAUGGGUUUCCACGACAAAGAGAUGAACCAGAAGUUGCUCAAGAAGAAUAAUGGCAGCAUCAAACGUGUUGUGAUGGAUCUUAUUGCUGGAGAGAAUUAGGAUCUAGUUAGUACUACUUGCUGCAUUAUAUGAUGCUUUCGGUAGACUGCUAUAAUUAACUUGCUAAACUGAACAGAAUGGUUCUAGUUACUUUGCUUCCUUUGUUGGUUUUGCAUUCAAUAUAUGCACUGGAACUUCUUAAGAGUCAUCA